AUGGAGGCUGGAAAAGUGCAUUUGCCUAAAAAUCUCUCCAUGAAGCACCACCACCAGCUGGAGGGCAGGCAAGAGACAAAGCUGUUACCCGCUUCUGGGUCCCUGGCUGUGCUCACGCUGCUGUUGCUUCUGGCUUUGCCAUCCUAUGCCCAUCCCAGGCCGACUCCCGCAGAUGACAGUGGAGAGAUGGUGGAGUGGCUGACUCAGUACGGAUACCUGCCUCCAGCUGAUCCAGUAACAGGCCAGCAGCAAACUUGGGAGGCAGUGACAAGUGCCAUCUGCACAAUGCAGCGUUUUGCUGGCAUUGAGGAGACUGGGAUCCCAGAUGAUACCACACUGGCUUUGAUCCGUAUUCCUCGUUGUUCACUUCCCGAUGUUAUCAGCACCUUCCCAGAAAGACUUCCUUUGAGGAGAAGCAGGAGGAGGAAAAGGCAGACGAGUCGGAACAGGCGGAGUGCUGGAUCGGUUUGGAGUAAAAGGAACAUUUCCUGGAAGGUGAAGACCUACCCACGGGAAGCCCAUCUCAGCCGAGAGACCAUGCGCGUAUUGAUGUAUUAUGCUCUCAAGGUAUGGAGUGAAGCAACACCCUUGAACUUCCAUGAGGUGGGCAGCCACACUGCAGACAUCUCUGUGGAGUUUCUCCGGCUGGACCACCAUGAUGACUACCCUUUUGAUGGACCAGGUGGAAUGGUGGCCCAUGCCUUCUUUCCUGGAGACCCUCAGCGGGCUGGCAAUGUCCACUUUGAUGGCGAUGAGGAAUGGGCAUUCCGUUCACCAGAUGACUUUGGUACUGACCUUUUUGCUGUGGCUGUUCAUGAGUUUGGCCACAGCCUUGGGCUUGCACAUUCACCUUCCAAGCACUCCAUCAUGCGCCCCUAUUACCAGGGACCGGUGGGAGACCCACUGCAAUACCAGCUGCACGUGGAUGACCUUACUGAGAUCCAGAAGCUUUAUGGGAGUCGAGUUCUUCGUUUCACAGAGAAACCAGAGGUAACCUCACUGCUCCCAGAUCGUCUUUCCUUGCCACAUGAUUUCCCGGCCCUCAGGUCAGGGAAGGAAUUCCCCGAUCGCUGCACCUCCAACAUUGAUGCUGCCACUCAGAUCAGAGGGGAAACAUUCUUUUUCAAAGGUCAGUAUUUCUGGCGUCUCACUCAGGGCCGGCACCUCGCCUCUCUGCGCCCGGCUUUGAUCACUGGCUUCUGGCGAGGCCUGCCUUCCUCUUUCCGCAAAGUAGACGCCGUUUAUGAGAGACACUCAGAUCAUCGCAUCCUCUUCUUCAGUGGACCUCUGUACUGGGUGUUUAAGGACAAUGGUGUGGAAGAGGGUUACCCGCGCCCUGUCACAGACUUUGGGCUGCCACAAGGGGGCAUCGAUGGUGCUUUCUCAUGGCCCAUAGACAGGAAAACCUAUUUCUUCAAGGGAAAUCUCCACUGGUGCUAUGAUGAAGUGACAGUUCACAUGGAAGAAGGCUUCCCUGUCCACAGAGCACCCUGGGAGCACUUCCCCACCUCUAUAGAUGCUGUGCUGAGUGAGAGUGAUGGGACACUAUAUGCCUUCAAAGGCAGAGAGUAUUGGAAAUUUGACCAGCACAACCUCAAGCCCCUGAUUGGCUACCCUCGUUCCAUAGCCAAGGAUUGGCUGGAUUGCAUGGGGGAACUGUACCCUCCCAGGAGCCUGCCCACCAGCCCUGCAUCAGAAGCCGAACACCAGCCAGACUUGCAGGGCCCGCAGCUGGAGGCUGAGCCCUGUGUGUGUUUUUGCUCUGCCUUUCGAGCUGUUUCACAUAGCUGGCUCCACUGCUUGCUGUUCGCUCUCCUGGCCCUGCAAGGAAUUGCCUAGGAAGGACAAGGAACAUUGCC